CCCUCCCACGGACUUGUUCACGCGCCAAAAGAUGACGUCAUCACAGCGUCGUGUUUCCACACAGGCAGAAGAGAAGGAAGAGAAGGAGAGCAGAAUCCCUCCAUCAUCUCCUGGAGGCUCUUCUUGCUUUUUCAUGCGUUUCAGAGGGACACAAGACGUUCAGAUGGAGUCCGAGGAAAACCUGCUGAGAGUUUUUCUGCUGCUGCUUCUGACGGGAAUCACUCAGGUGGGCCCAGUGGACCUGGAGGAGGGCUGGCAGGUCUUCAGUUCAGCUCAGGACUCUGAAGGCCGGUGUAUCUGCACAGUUGUGGCUCCUCAGCAGACAGUCUGCUCCAGAGAUGCUCGAACCAAACAGCUCAAACAGCUGCUUGAGAAGGUCUGUAACUGA